UCAUCCUGUAUCCCGUGUCUCACAUUUACAGCACUAACAUGCUCACACACAUCACUAAUACGUCCGAACGCACGCUCGCCGCGCUUGUGGACAGCUACGCGCGUUCAUUCGAUGCGCGCGAGUUCUAUCCUGUGCGCGUGCAGUUCGCGGGCUUGAGCGCGGGCGAGGUGGAGCGGUGGCAUCGGCUCGGGAUUGCGCAGAAGGUGUUUCGCGCGCUCCGGAAUCCGGGGCAUGAGGUGUGGGCUGUGAGGGUUGGGUUGGGUGGGGGGGCGGGGAAGAUUGAGGAGGGGAGCAAGGAGGAGGGGGAGGAGGAGGAAGAGGGGGAGGAAGUCGCAGCAGUCAUGAUCCUCAAACAUCCCAAUGCUCCACCCGAUGGGCCGAGUCCGUACGACGCCGAGAUGGAGCGUAUGCCUGCGUCCGCGAAGGAGCGGCAUGAUGAGCUCCGCAGGCGCAGUGAGGCACUCAAGACGGCCGCGGGGGACGGGUAUCAUGUCUCGUGGUUGGGGACUGUCCCGGAACACCGGCGGAAGGGGUUCGGAGCGGCGCUGAUUCGCUAUGCUCUUGAGCGGGCGAGAGCUGACGGCGCGUGUUUGCGCCUCAGCACUAACAGUGCUGAGAAUGUCGCCUACUACUCGCGCCUCGGGUUCGAGGUCGCCGGAUACGAUGAGUGGGAGAUGGGCGGAGAGCCGUUUACAUGGUGGGUCAUGGUCGCGCAGUGA